AUGGACUGUCGCUGUGGUAACGGGGACUGUCGCUGUGGUAACGGGGACUGUCGCUGUGGUAACGGGGACUGUCGCUGUGGUAACGGGGACUGUCGCUGUGGUAACGGGAACUGUCGCUGUGCAUCUUUGGUGGUCGCACUGGGCUGCAUGCCAGUUUCUACGGCUUUCGUUGUCACUUCGGCUGCUUCUCCGGACGUUCUGGAAGCUUCAGCCAUGGAUUUUGUGGGUUUCAAAGCUUGCAUAUGGGAAGGAGUCGACGUUGUGGUUGAUUUUGUAGAUUUUGACACCAUUUUAGACGGUUUUGUGGUAGAUUUCAAAGGCCUGCUGGUUGAUUUGGCUGAUUGGAAUGACUUGGGUGUUGUCGCACUUGCUACUGGUCUACUCAAAGUUUCAGUAGUUGUUGUGGAUAAUGUCGUGGUCUCGGGUGUGGGGAGGGGUGAUGUGGUCUUUGUGGUGGUCUCCGCAGCUGCAGUGGGCUCUGAUGUGGUUUGGCUCAGGCCGGUGGUCGACGUGACGUUUGUGAACCAGAACAAGGCAGAGAUGGCGUACGAGGCGCUGGGCGUGGUCUGCUGCCACUCUGGGGAAGAAUCUGGGACUCCAGCGGUGAACUGUUCCUUUUGGACUCCAGGGGGCGCUACAGAAGAUAAUGUGGUGUUGGCAGAAGUUGUUUUAGAACCAACUGGGGGGUUUAUACCUGAGGAGAAGAUCAGAAACAUGUGA